UUUUAGUAGAAAUGACAGAACAGGAUAAAAAAAUUUUGGAGCUUCAAGAGGAGUUAAGCAAAGUUAAAACGGAAUCGAAGAUGAAGGACGCGGUGUUAGAGUUGACAACUGCAUUGCACACAGUGUUAGUGGGUGAGAAACGUGAACACUCACUUAUAUUGGCGCAAAUUGCUCAAUUUAAGCGCGAAAUCGCUCGUAAUAACUUCAGCCUUAUUGAAGGUUACCUUGUUGAUUGUGGUCGUGUCGACAUUAUGUUGGAUUUCUACAAAAAUUGUGACUUUUGGGAUGAGGCUCUGCGCUUAGCUCGAACUAAAGCUACGGCAGAACAGUUACAAAAAAUUGAGGAUGAUUACAAACAAUUUCCUUCUACUCAAACAACUUCUGGUGCAACUCAAAAGGGUCUUUCCACUAAAGCAACUUGUUCUAGUGCAGCGGCAAAGGAAGAGAAUAUUGGAUACGAAUUCCAACUUAUUGAAGCGGUUAAGAAAAUUCGUCCUUUAUAUGAUACGGCGUCUAGUACUAAUUAUAAGUUCGCUGAAUACCAUUGGGAGAAAAUUGGAAGAGCUCUUGGAAAGAAUCCGGAAGAUGUCAAAAAGCGCUGGAACGACUUACGCUCGGUAUUUAUUCAAGAACUCGCAGAGGUCAAGGGCACUGGAAAGGCUUCGGGUUGGGAAUAUUACCAAGCAAUGGAUUGGUUAAUAGAUUAUUUGCGCAAAGGCACUGAUGGGAACAUGGAAUAA